UCGUCGUGGACGAUACUUUUGAUUCUUCCAUCUUUCUCACCAUCGUCGUUUUCGCCGUACCAGUCAUCGUCUUCCUAGAAAUUAUGCCGGAGUUCGAGAAACCAAGGAAGCGGAAAAAGAAGAGGUAAAAUUAAGAAAAAAUGUCGGUGGGUUCGGGCAUAAGGAGGCUGGAGGCCUGGAUAGGGCCGGAGCCAGGUGUCUUGGGAGCAACGGCAGCAGCAACUGGUAUACCUGGGAUCAGCUCAGCCCCCGAAGAGGACGAGCAGCAGCAUCAGUUGGGCAAUUUCGGCAUGAGCAGCUCCGGCAGCAGCGCGAGCAUCGCCCGCUUUCCUAAGCUCGACGAGUGCGCGCACUUCCAUUACGAGCACGUAGAGCUCGGCCGGCUGGAGGUUUCGUUGAGCGAGUCCGAGCAGAGUUCCUCAAACUUUGCGGUGCGCGUCACCUCGGGCGACGCCUGCUGGACGCUGCAGCGCAGCUUCGACAAUCUCGUGCUGUUCGACCGGCAGCUGCACCGCUGUAUCUUCGAUCGCAGCUACUCGCAACUUGCGGAGCUAUCGAGCCUCGCGGCAGGAACCGGCGAGUCUCAGCUGGUAGCUAUUGCCUCCGAGUACCUGCGCCGUUUCUCGUCUCUCAGCCACGAGGGCCUCAACUGUGGCCCAGUGCUCAACUGGAUGCAGCUCGACAACCGUGGUCGGCGCAUACUCGUUCCCGAGGCUGACUCCUGUCCAAUCAAUAUGCCCGCGGUCGCAGCCGCAUACGCGGUCCGGCCGCAUCGAGCCCAGGCAACGGACGAGAUCUCCUUCCAGGUGGGCGACAUGAUAUCAGUGAUCGACAUGCCGCCCGCAGGCGAGAGCUCCUGGUGGCGGGGCAAGCGCGGCUUCGACGUUGGCUUCUUUCCCGCCGAGUGCGUCGCCCUUAUCGGGGACAAGCUGCCGCGGCACCUGGCUCCACCAGCCGUAUCCAUUAAUUCCAACGGCGGCCAACAUCCGCUUCAGCAGCUGCAUCAGCAGCAGCCCGUCAAGCCGGUGCUGCGCAAGCACGGAAAACUCAUCGCCUUCUUCCGGUCGUUUAUCCUCAAUCGGCCAUCGCGCAGACGCCUCAAGCAGUCGGGGAUCCUGCGUGAGCGCGUUUUCGGCUGUGACCUUGGCGAGCAUCUGCUCAACUCGGGCCGCGAGGUUCCCAGCGUGCUCAGCUGCUGCGCAAAUUUCAUCGAGCGCAAUGGCCUCGUCGACGGUAUCUACCGGCUGAGCGGCGUCACCUCCAACAUUCAGCGGCUGCGACACGCCUUCGACGAGGACAGGCUGCCCGUCCUUCAUGCUGACGAGAGUAUCUUGCAGGACAUACACUCGGUCGCCUCGCUUCUCAAGAUGUACUUCCGCGAGUUGCCGAAUCCUCUGUGCACUUACCAACUGUACUCGACCUUUGUCAGUGCGGUGCAGUCACCCAGUGACGCCGAGAGGCUCGCCCGCAUGAGGGACGCCGUUCGCAAGCUUCCUCCACCGCACUACAGGACUCUGGAGUACCUGAUGCGACACCUGGUGCGCGUGGCUGCGCGUGGAGACGAGACCGGUAUGACGCCCCGCAACGUGGCGAUAGUCUGGGCUCCGAAUCUACUGCGCUGCAAGGAACUUGAAGUCGGUGGUGUAGCUGCGCUCCAAGGUGUUGGCGUUCAGGCGGUCGUAACAGAGUUUCUCAUCUGCUAUGCCGAACUGAUAUUUGCGCCGGGUCCGAGUGGCGUGCCUCUUGCCCCGACAGAGCAGCGACCAAAGUCUCUGGCCAUCGCCAGCAACACGACACGGCUGCUCACCCUCGAAGAGGCACGCAGUCGCUCGCUUGCCCCCGAACCGGAACUCAUCGAGGUUGGCCCAGGUGCCGCAGGCUUGCCCGCCCGCUAUCACACCAUCAUCGAUCUACCACCCGGCCAGCGCAAGCGUACCGGUUCCAAAAGGUCGCCAUCCCUCAACUGGCGAGCUCUUUUUGGUCGAGCCGCUGCCCCAGCUCGUCAAAGCAUGAAGAAGGAUAGCAAACGAGCAGAGAACCCAGCACAGGGCAAAAGCGUCUCCGCGCCGGUGCCUAUGACUAGAACGCCCAUAUCGUACUCCGUUUGCUCGUCUUCUGGAUCUUCAUCGGCUGGUGCGAACGCACCUCAAAUCGAGCGCCGACCGCUAAGACCCGUCAAGAGUGCCGACAGCCUCGAUGGGGCAACCGAGGAUAGCCUGGGUCCAUUGCUGACCCCUGCACCGACGGCCAGUGUAGCGCGGACCUGCGGCCAUAGUCGCUCCGUCUCUCACGACUCCUACUUUGAGCAGUUGGCUGACGCGACGAGCUCGGCGCCUAGCGCCGCCGCUUCGGCUCUCGACCUUUCAGAAAUUCAGCUAAGUUUCGAGCUCGAGGAACGCGAGAUGCGUAUGCUGUCGGGCGAGGAGUCGCUCGAGGUAUCACCUAGGCGGCUACAUUCCAAGCAGGAGGCCACCGACUCUGUCAAUGGCGUUAACGCAGGUGGCAGUAGUAGCAGCAGCAACAGCAGUGGCAGAAGUGGUAACGAUAGCGUCGCCUGCGUCGUUGGACCUGGAGGGUCCAGUACCCUCAUGCCAGUCGGUGGCUCCAAGCGGAAGCGUUCGAGGCUUGAAGAGCGGCUGCAGUGCGAAGUGGAGUUGCGCUUUAUCGACAGUCAGAGCCCCGACCAGAUCAUGGUAUCGGCUGACGUUCACGAAAUUGACACACCUUCACCACUACCCACACCUGGUUACCUGCCUUUGCUCUCCGAGGCUUCGACGCCACUCACUCCGAACGCAAGUCCGGCUGCCAUCAGUCCACGCAUAAGUUUCAAAAGUUUUUCACUGCCCCUUGAAGUAGACGAGGCGCCCACGCUGUCACCGUUGUUGGCAAUUAGUCCAGCUAAAGACUCGAGCGAUAAAGUCGGCCUUCUUCAGAGCUAUUUGACUAAGGCGCCAAGAGAUCACCGUGUCUGCACACGCCUCGAUUUCGGUUCGUACUCAAAGAAUCUUGAAAACAACCACAAUAGCGCAAUGGAAGCCUGCGAAGAAGUACUCACUAAUGGCACAACAGCAGCGCCUGCAAGAGAACCGCAACGCACGUCUUCUUCUGCCGACUUUUUUGAUCAAGAGAUGGCUUUGUGUGAUCGAUUGCACGAGCCAAGCUCCAUCGAAAUGGCACCACAAACGAGCCGAGACAUUUCCUUAGUUUUUUCAAAUACUCAUCGAGAUAUGGAACAAAAUAAGAGUACGGAUGACCAAGUGAAUGCUGAUGUGGAUAAAACAGUGAACGAAAAAUGUGAGGACCAAAAUGACAAAGCCCGAAAUACUCAUACUCUAAACUCAAACUCGUCUGAACAUGAUUCUCCAAUGAUUUGUGAACAAAGCUACGUGACCAUGUUACACACAAAUAUAAUUUCUGACGACAUAAGUACGAAAAAUCGGCCUUCUAUUGAUCAAAUUGAGGAAACACAAAAAUUUAGCAGUGAUUUCGAAGAGGCUAAUAAAUGGCUAAUGACAAGUACGCCACCAAUACUGGCUUCAUUAUCUUCCCAAAAAACAACAAAUGACGAGACCCAAGAAAAAAAAUGUUUGGAAAAAUCUUUGGACUCGGAACAUUAUUUGGUUAAUACACCAAUUGAAGUACAAAUUAACCAAGAGCCAAUGUACUGUUCAUCGUCAGACAAAGCACACCUUGAAACGAAUACUCAAACUGACAACACCAAUUUUCAUUCAUCUAGUGUAAACCAACCAAAGUUAGCCAGUGUAAGCUUACUCGAAACGAAUCUAUUGCUGAUGAGUAACAGUUUAGAGGCCAAUUCGAGUAAUUCUAAUAUUGAGAUUAGCAGGACAGAUUAUCAAGUGAGUGAUAAUGUGAAAAAUUCUGUAUAUCAGAAUGAAAAACGUGAAAGUCAGAUACCACUUUGGAAAUCAGUGAUAACUGACGAUAAUCAAUGUGACACCAGUGAACUUGAAAAAGAAGCAUCUAAUGCUUCAAACGAUGAAACUGGUGAUAGUUUUAAUAAAAAAAUUAGUGAAACUAAAGUGAUUGAUGAACAAUGUAGUUUGGUUGAAUCUCAGGCUUAUGUGGACCCGAAAGAAUCCGAAUUCGUUCGCAGUGAUGAGCCACUUGAGCAAGUGACAAAUAGUUUUACUACUAGUGGAGCAUCUAAUAAUUAUUCGAGUGAAAAAUAUCCGACGAAACAAUACGUUGGCCAAGAAUGCAGCGAAUCAUUAGUAGAUUCUUAUACGCGGGAUGACUUGGGAGUUGUUGUCCCGUUAGAAAGUGCAGCUGUUGAGCCUCAAGAAAUGGCUCAUGUUCCAGAUGUGAUUUCCGACGAUGCGAUUCGAUUACGCGCCAAAAUUUUACCUUCGAGCGAUAAACGUGUCGAGCGAAAUACAGUUCUACAAAAAGAUACGGCAGCUAUCUUGCAAGAAUUAGCGCUCCAAAGGUUGUCUGGUGGCAUCGGCGGCAGAAUGGAUUCGACGUCUCCGAGGAGAAGACUAGACUCGGACUAUCUGCGCGACAGGCGAAGUUUCGAUUCGGAAAUAGGCCGGGAAAUCGUGCGGGAGCACAAGAUGAAGCAAGAACUUGAAAACGCGAGGGGAAAACUUGACGAGUCGCACAAGAGUAAUAAUCACAAUCAAACCCCUGUUCCAGCUUUGCAUCAGCUUCCACCUUGCUUGCGAGCCCGGCAUGCACGAACGACGAGAGCCGCGCUCAGCCGCUCGCUUGACGAGGCCAAGUUCAACAAGAUGACUAGCAACUCGGAACCCAUGACCAACGAAGCGUCUGCUUCGAGCGAAAAGCUCUGGGCGCGUAGCGGCUACGUCCCCAAGAACCUCGGAAUCGACCUCGACGAUCCUCAAUGUCGCGAGCGCAUAGAAAAGUACAAGGAGGAGAGAAGAACUUUUCUGAGGGACAAGUACAGGUCCGAGAGCUUUCGGGCAGCCGCUAGCUCGGCAACUUCGAUCGACAAGCAAGCGCUGGCGGUAGCCACCAGCAAGGAAGACGAAGAACAGGCUCUACUGGCCAGACUGAAACAGCGAGCUUCCAAGCCUUCUCUUCUUUGACCCGGUGAUAUUUUUCUGCUGUACCGAGCCACCGACUAUCGCCUAGAUUAAAUUAAUAAUUGUUACACAUGACGUGCAAUCAAUUUUUCUAUCAAUAACACUUGUAUGCACACACGCACCCACUCACAUAUGUAUAUUUAGAUGCGUGUGUUUGUGCGUACCUAAAUAAGAGAUAUUCUUUAACUUUAUCAUUCUGCACAAUAUGUUAACACACGUUAUAAUAAUUAUUAUUAUUAUUAUUAUUAUUAUUACGUUACAAUUAUUAUUAUUUUAUAUCAUCGGA